UUGUGAGAGAGAAAGAAGGUGAAUGUAAAUGGCAAAGGCACAGCAAAUAGUGGUAGCUAAGAGCACUUGGGGAAUCAGAAACAUUUUUCAGUCUCUUGUGGCCAUAUUAAAAACUACUCUAGUUGUCACUGCCAUUUAUGUAACACAAGAAGGAGAACAAUGGUCUCAAGAAAGGACUAGCUCUACUGAAUCAUUAUCAAAAUGUAACUUGUUUUCUGGUAAGUGGGUUUUUGAUAAUAAAUCAUAUCCACUGUACAAAGAGCAACAGUGCACAUUCAUGUCUGAUCAAUUGGCUUGUGAGAAGUUUGGAAGGAAGGACCUCAGCUACCAAAAUUGGAGGUGGAAACCCCACCAAUGUGACUUACCCAGGUUCAAUGCCACAGCAUUGCUUGAAAGGCUAAGGAACAAGAGGCUUGUGUUUGUGGGGGAUUCACUCAACAGAGGCCAAUGGGUUUCAAUGGUUUGCCUUGUUGAAUCUUCUGUGCCCCCAACUCUCAAAUCCAUGCGCGCUGUUGCUAAUGGGUCACUCAGCAUUUUCAAGGCUGAAGAAUACAAUGCAACCAUUGAGUUCUAUUGGGCCCCAUUACUAGUAGAAUCAAACUCCGAUGAUCCUGUGAACCAUAAGGUACAAGAUCGAACUGUGAGAGUCCAAGCCAUUAAGAAACAUGCUGGGUUUUGGACUGAUGCAGACAUUUUGGUCUUCAACACUUUUCUCUGGUGGAGAAGGCGUGCAAUGAAUGUUUUGUGGGGAUCAUUUGGAGACCCCAAUGGGGUAUACAAAAGGGUAAGAAUGGUUAGAGUCUAUGAAAUGGCCUUGAGAACAUGGUCAGACUGGUUGGAAGUUCAUAUUAAUCGUAACAAGACCCAGUUGUUUUUUGUUUCAAUGUCUCCAACUCACCAAAAGGCUCAUGAAUGGGGAGGAGCUAGGGGUGACAAUUGUUACAAAGAAACUGAUCUAAUUCAAGAAGAAGGAUAUUGGGGCAAUGGAUCAAUUCCAAGUAUGAUGCGAGUGGUGGAAAAUGUGCUAGAAGAUUUGAAAGGAAGAGGUUUGAAAGUUCAAUUGCUUAACAUCACACAGCUAUCAGAGUACAGAAAAGAAGGUCAUCCAUCUAUUUAUAGAAAACAAUGGGAACCUCUAACAGAAGAACAGUUAUCUAAUCCAAACACAUACGCAGAUUGCAUACAUUGGUGCCUCCCUGGAGUGCCUGAUACGUGGAAUGUGCUUCUUUAUGCUUAUAUUUUCCGUCGAUGA